AUGUCUCUCAAGAAUCACCACUUCACCCUCAACACUGGCGCCAAGAUGCCCGCCAUCGGCCUCGGCACUUGGCUCGCCAAGCCCGACGAGGUGCGUCAGGCCGUCAGUGUUGCUCUCAAGCAGGGCUACCGUCACAUUGACGCUGCCCGCGUAUACGGCAACGAGCACGAGGUCGGUCAGGCUCUUUCCGAGGCGCUCUCAUCGGGCGUCUGCUCUCGCUCCGACGUCUGGAUCACCUCGAAGCUCUGGAACACGGAUCACACACGAGCCGAAGCUGCCAUCAACAGGACCCUCUCCGACAUCAAGACCGACUACCUCGACCUCUACCUCGUUCACUGGCCGGUUCCCUUCACCCCUGCCGAGGAUGCCAACAUGCUCUUCCCCCGCAACUCGGAUGGUGACGUCGACAUUGACACCAAGACGUCGCUGCUCGACACCUGGAAGCAAAUGAUCGCACUCAAAAAGAAGGGCCUUACCAAAGCCAUCGGUCUCUCCAACGUAUCUAAGGACGCUGUUGAGUUCAUCGUUGAGAACAGCGACGAGAUUCCCAGCUCGGUUCAGGUCGAGUUCCACCCUCUGAUCGCACCUCUCCAAAAAGAGCUCAAGGACUACUGCGAGUCCAAGGGCAUCGUCGUGACCGCCUACUCUCCUCUCGGCAACAACCGUCAGAGCCUGCCGAGGAUUAUCGACCUCGACAACGUCAAGGCGCUCGCUGCGAAGAACAAUCGCACCGAGGCUCAGCUCUGCAUUAACUGGUGCGUCUCCAACGGCGUAUGCUGCAUCCCCAAGUCGGUUACACCUCACCGUCUCCAAUCGAACCUCGAGAGCCUCAACUUUGACCUAACCGACGAGGAGAGGAAGACGCUCAACGUCUUGCCAAACACCCUCGGCACCAAAAGGUUCAACAUCCCCAUCCAAUACCCCGCUCCCAACGGCCCUUGGUUGAUCGACUUGUUCAACACCGAGCACGAGAGCUGCGCUAUCUGGAAGGCCCAGAGCAACGGCUCGGUCGUCGUGGCCUAG